AUGGCUCAUGUGCAGCCGUCCGCACAGCAGCUCCUCGGUUUAACUGAGGCACACAGCGUUGUUGGCUUCAGUGGUCGCUUCCAUGUUGAAUCGCAACAUUGGAUCCAGCGUCCAAUCCCUGCUCUGCUUUUCUGUCCGUCUGCAGACAGCGGGGACAACCCCUUCUACAAGAACCGGCCCUCCACUAGGGUACACGCAGCCCCUGGUGGAAAUUCCACUAUUCGUUUUGGAGAUGACAUCGGGGACAGAACAGCAGUGCCAAACUCGAGAGGCACUAUCCUUCUCCCUAAACCAACAGGAAAUGCUCCGGCUUCUGACUCGGGGCGGACAUCCGUGAAGGUUCAUCAGCCUCCCGGGGGACGCUCCAGCAGUAAGUAG